GGGAUUGGCAUACGACUUUAUUGUCAAGUCUGCUCAUUUCUACGCGACUGAGUUUGAACGAAGAAUAAGCUUGGACUCCUUUGCCAACUUCGUUCAUAAGGAUAUUCUCGCAGCGAUGGAACUCGAUGGUGUGAUCACAAUGCGGCCUGUUGUCAUAUACAAGAACACCAGCGAAACGGAUGCCACGCUGUGUUUCACUGAGCUCAAAAACGGACUUGGAGAUGGUGGAUGUGAUCCCACCCACCAGGCAGAGGCUGAUUAUGUAUGUUUCUAUUCAGCAGAGCAGGUGAGAUGAAUUCUUCUGGUUUGGCCUGGCAAGCUGAGAUGGUUGCAGCAUCGGCCACUUCGGGCUGUUUCUUGUUGUCCUUCGUUCCUUGUCGGGAUUUCUGAGUGUAACAUGACCAUCUCUGGCGCCGUUUUCACAGAUCGCUUCAUUUCCCAACGUUUGACGGAGAACAUCUACCUUGGUGGAGGUCCGAGAUUAAACAACCAGGUGUACAAUGUUGCUCGGGCCUUACGUCUUUUGAAAGAAGGCAUUGCCGAUUUGCACGCCUACUAUUCCAGUCUUUUCCCCCUUCCCAACUAACCAUCGCACACUUUAAAGGGUCGUUUCGCUUCUUCUGCACGCGCC